AAACUCCAAAAACAAUCCGACCGGGGAAGCUCUUUUUCCCUCCCCUGCCAUCGCUGGGGGGUUAUCUUCUUACAUAUUUCCCCCGUCCAAUCCCAGACCUCUGUAGAGUAUUAGAAUUCAUCGGCGGGCGCAUUGAGUCAUGUCCUUCGUGGUGGAUCAAGUCCGCCGCAUCGACGGCCAGCUCGAUCGCCUGCAACUUGCGCAUGCAUCGUAUCCGUCAGAGGACUUCUCGACGGCAGACGUGCAUACCUCUGAGCGAUUACCGCGGAUUCUUGAGCUUCAGCGCCUGGUCAAGAACUUGUCCGCGACCACGAGCUCGUCUACGCCGCUUGCAUCGACAAGCACUAUCAUAUCCACGUUGAAAAGCGCGAACCUGUCUUCUGACGCGGAAUCUGGGUAUGAGAAUGAGCUUGAGUGGUUAUUGCUUAGCAAGGCAACGGCGCAGGCGUAUGGGCAGGUCUUAAACACCAUCUUAGAGCAGACGCUGGCAGUCAGUGAGCACAUCUGGUAUUGGGAUGGCAUACUGUCCUCGCAAAGCGCUGCUGGCCUCUAUUCGCUGCAAACCUCACCGUUGCGCAUGUGGACGUGGGCGAAAGAUGUAUAUCAAGAUGUACGCGCGCAUCGAACGGCACAAGGAUUGGAAGAGGGUUGGAGGCAGUUCUACGGAUUGGUGCAGGACAGCAUACGAAACAGAAGCAUCGCGACGCUGCAGGCGGGCGUGGUCAGUCCAAUCUCAAGGGUACGCAACGAAGCACGUCGAAAUCAGAAGAAGCUCAAGCAGCUUCGCGAAAUCAAUGCCAAUGCCCUUGGUCUACUUCUCGGCGAAGGUCUAAGCAGCGAAACCCUGAACGAAGAUGGGACUAGCACACCAUUGUCAAGCGGUCCCAGAGACAUGACAGAGAGUGGAAGGAAAUGGAAGGGUGCAAUCAUGAACAGUAUUGCCCUCAUUGACGCCGUCUUGGCGCACGCCCAAGAGCCCGAAGCAGACUUGGACAACUUCGAAGACCGCAUCCUAUCUACAACGCGUGACGAUCGAUAUUACGCUUCGCCAAAUGACGUCGGCGUCGCUGCAUUUGACGAACUGACUACAGCAGAAGUGGCAGCCCGCGUACAGGACCUCUUACAGACUAUCCUCCCCCGGUAUAAACAGACUUUCGACGGCCGCCUUCAAGAAUGCGGCCAACCUUCCCGUCUAAUACGCUACUGGCUACCCGCCACGGCCUUGCUCCUCUCGUCCAGCACAAUUCUACGCAUCGUCACAAACAGAAGAGCUCAGAUCCUGACUUGGAUACGCGAAUUCGGCUCUACGUGCAUCGACUUUUGGUACAACUGGGUUGUGGAUCCUGUAAAAAAUAUCAUCGGGACAAUUCGACAUGACGAGAACAGCGAGGUUGCUCUCGUAUCAAAACGUUCACUUCAAGGGGAUCGCGAUUCCCUUGAACGAAUGGUAGUCGACUUUGCGCUGGACGAGAACCGCAACCUGUCGGCCGAGCAAAUCGCUGACAUAAGAGCAAAGGUCCAUGAGGGAGACUUGACGCCGGUGCUGGUGGCUUAUGAGCGAGAUAUGGCAAAGCCUUUCAUGGGUGCUGUACGUGGAAAUUUGAUCCGUGCGCUGCUGGUGCAGAUUCAGAAAACAAAGGUGGACGUUGAGGUAGCAAUCGGCGGUAUUGACAGUCUUCUGAAGAGCCAGCAGCUGGUAUUUGGGUUCAUUGCAUUGACCCCCGGACUGUUGGUGAGCAUUGGCGUGGCGAGAUAUCUGAACGGCGUGUUCGGGAACAGGAGAGGCAGCCGGAUGGGCAAGAGGCAAAACCAGGUCCUUGGUGUUCUGCGGAACAUUGAUCGCAUCAUCACCGCCGCGAAUCCUUCGGAAUACGGCGUACUGUACUACAAGGACUACGGCCUCUUGGUUGCCGAGUCGCAUGUCUUACGUCAAUGCGCACGCAAUGUUUUGCCUCCUCACGAGUUCAGGGAGUUUCUCGUCGACGUCGAUGAACUUGUGGAUAUUAAGGCAGGUAUAGAGCGCCAGAAGCACGUUAUCAGAAGAUUGAGGUGGGGAUAUUCAAAGUGGUACUAGUGGAAGUCCAUUUGGUUCAUAGGCAUUUGCAUAAGGGAGCGUGGAGCUCUGGGUUGAAAAACAAAUACUCACAUUUCGCCACUGGUUGUGCACAAAGGAGCUUCUGAUGAACAUUUUGUUUCUUUUGUUUCUCAUAAAAACACCUUUAUGCAGCACUGCGGGCGUUCCGAGACAAUCGAGUGAAUGUUUGACUUCAUUCUUGAUUCGAAAUCCUCGAAGUACGGAGUGAU